UACUGUACAGGACGGAGGAGGGAGGAGCGAUUCUCUACUAUUUCUUUUUUUUGCUUCUUUUCCUCCACGGUCGUUGCAGACUGUUUAAACGCUAUUGGAAGACAGCGUGGACAAUAUUGAGCGAACGAGACGGGAAAACGCUUCAUUUACACGGCUUUUGCAGGAGGCAGCGAGGAGGCGGAUAAGUGCGAAGCGCCGCGCCGUGGAGGAGCACCGGCGCUCGGGGAGAGCGGGACGCUGCACGCCGCUACAUUUGUGCACAGAACCGAAGGAGCCCUGCUGACUUCAGCCCGCUUCGUUUCCGCCUAAUGCCCUGAUAUCCUGGCCAGGCUGGUGGGGGGUCGCUUCGAGUUCCCUGAGACUUUUCUGUGGGAAUAAAAGGUGGCUUCAGAUGCAAAGAGCCGUCUUGGGGAAAGACAACGCUGUGAAAAAAGGGCUGAGAAGAGGAGGGCCGGACUACGCAUGAGGCCCGGGGAAAUAAUUAACCGCACACAGAAGCGCACAGUAUGACUGGAACCCAAACACAAAUCAAUCUACUUCACGCUGGAUGUUGAGGGUGGUUCUUUCCCCAACUGUGAUACCUCCGAGACCAACGUCGACCUCAAAGGAACAGCUCAUCUUCUCCAGCAGAGCGUCACCAACAUUUCCAUUUUACAACAAGUGAAACAACCCCAACCUCAAGAGGGGUGUCUUCCCUCUGCAGCCCCCCUGGACCAGUUCCCCAGGGGCUGAACCCUGUCAUGUUCCACUGACGGGACCCCUCCCAAUCAGCGAAUGACAAGUGUGCAUCUGAGGGUGGGGCUUGCCUCAGUCUCUCAUGAUUGGCUGCUGGAUGGAAUUAAGGUGAAUGGAACACAUGCCCAAGGAGCUCGACCCUAACCCAUCAGAGGGAGAAGAGAAACGGUGGCUCAAUGGCCCGAAGAGGAAGAGGAAGAACAGCCAAUGUUCUGUGAAGAGCAUGACUGGGUAUAUUCCCAGCUACCUGGAGAAGGAUGAGCCAUGCGUGGUGUGCGGUGACAAAGCGACUGGUUACCACUACCGCUGCAUUACAUGCGAGGGCUGCAAGGGCUUCUUCCGUAGAACAAUUCAGAAGAACCUCCACCCCAGCUACUCCUGCAAGUACGAUGGCUGCUGCAUCAUCGACAAGAUCACCCGCAACCAGUGUCAGCUCUGCCGCUUCAAGAAGUGCAUCGCGGUCGGGAUGGCCAUGGACCUGGUGCUGGAUGACUCAAAGCGGGUUGCUAAGCGUCGUCUCAUCGAGGAGAACAGAGAGCGACGCAAAAAAGAGGAAAUGGUAAAGACCCUUCAGAACCGCCCAGAGCCCACUGGGUCCGAGUGGGAGCUGAUCCACAUGGUGACCGAGGCCCAUAAACACACCAACGCUCAAGGUGCCCAGUGGAAGCAAAAACGUAAAUUCCUGCCAGAUAAAAUUGGACAGUCCCCCGUCGCCCCCACAUCAGAUGGAGACAAAGUGGACCUGGAGGCCUUCAGCGAGUUCACUAAGAUCAUCACUCCUGCCAUCACCCGUGUCGUCGACUUUGCCAAAAAACUGCCCAUGUUCUCUGAGCUGCCUUGCGAAGAUCAGAUCAUCCUGCUAAAGGGCUGCUGCAUGGAGAUCAUGUCUCUACGAGCCGCCAUGCGCUAUGACCCUGACAGCGAGACUCUGACUCUAAGCGGGGAGAUGGCAGUUAAACGAGAGCAGCUCAAGAACGGCGGACUGGGCGUGGUGUCCGAUGCCAUUUUCGAUCUUGGCAAAAGUUUGGCACAGUUUAACCUGGACGACACUGAGGUGGCCCUCUUGCAGGCAGUGCUUCUUAUGAGUUCAGAUCGCUCCGGACUCACCUGCAUUGACAAGAUCGAGAAGUGCCAGGAGACCUACCUGUUGGCGUUUGAGCACUACAUCAACUACCGCAAGCACAACAUUCCCCACUUCUGGCCCAAGCUCCUGAUGAAGGUAACUGACCUGAGGAUGAUAGGGGCCUGCCACGCCAGCCGCUUCCUUCACAUGAAAGUGGAAUGUCCCAAUGAACUCUUCCCCCCUCUCUUCCUGGAAGUCUUCGAGGAACAGGAUGUGUGAAGGUUGUCCUUGCGCAAAAUGAAGAUGAAGUUUGGGCAAAUUUUCGGUUGGAAAAGGGCCGCAGGGCCUUUCAUGUGGGCAGAAAGAAUGGAGAGUCUUCUCUGGCAGAAGUCUGCUUUAAACCAAUAUUGUAACAAACUGGAAUCGUCAAAAACAACAACUCACCAGCAACAGGAGAGUCAAGCAAACAGAGGAUUUUUUUUCUUCAAAACCUACUCCUCCCCUUUCUCUGACUUUUACUUUGCCCAGUUUCAAAUCUGUGUGGGGGCCCUUCUGUCUGAGAUUGAUGUCUUAUCUCGUAAGAUUUGUAGCCAUUUGCCAAGACACCAAUGCACACGCAGUGACACACACACAAAAACACACACAAACACACACAGCCACAGCCCGUUCCACCUCAGCUAGUGCUUUUGUCGGGGUGCGUUCCCAAUCUCUGAGUCAUUAUCGUGGUCGAGGAUGUUCUUUUGAAGCGCAUGUUUCCAACUUCCACCACUCAGUGUUAUAUCAAAAUACUUUUAAGACAUGUUGAACAGGAGCGUUAUUAUUGUUAUUGCUCACACAAUACUUAGCAACAAAUAGCACUAUCCCGGUGUGUCAUUGCUGUACAGAAGCAGAGCCACCAUAUCAGAGCUCUUUAUCAAUCUCAACACAAUCUGAGCCGUUACAGCUGAUUUUGCUUUGUUUUUUUUGUUUGGAGUUUCCUAUUAGAUCCCACUGAAAUCGGUGCUAUAUUUAUACAAUACUCGUCCAUUUGUAUAAACUUGUGUUGUCUACCUUUGGAAAAUGCACAGACCAUUGCUUCAUAUCUACCUUCCUUUGUGUCAUUGGACUGGUUCCUGUGACAUAAAACGCACACAUACUCGACACACAGGCGCACGCACAAACACAUAUAACAGCGAGCAGACUUGCCGUGUCAUUGCCUGUGCUGCUUGUGCCAGCAGCCCGCCGUCCUAUGAAUGACAAUUAAGCCCUUCUCUCUCCAAGGAGUUUUGCGAGGGAAGACACAAGGCAGGGAACUAAGAGAGGAAGACACUAAGGAGAGAGGGGAGGUGCGGAGAAUGAAAAAGAUUUACCGGUUGGAUUGCAGAUCCAGAGACAUGGGUCAGGAAUAAAUCUAAGACGCCCUGCUUCAAGGACGGUUCUAAUCGUACAAACCACCAGAGAGGAAGCAAUGCUCGAUGCACACGCAUGCAUGCACACACACACUCACACACACACAUACACACACACCUAUAGAAUACACAAAUACAAACACAAUAGCACCUCAGAAUAACGUGAACGCCUCAUUUUACUGUAUGCACUGCGUGGCAGUGAUGAUUUAUAUAUAAUUCUAUAUAACCCUAACCUGCAGGGUUUGUACAGAGUCCACUCUUCAUGGGCUCAGCUCAGUGUAGCUCCUCCAUACACAUUUUGCCUUUUUUUACACCAUGGGCAUCACUGAGUGCAGGCAAAUGCCAAGAAGGCUAACAUUUACCUCAAAGUGGACACACCCCCAGGCUGGGGCAGCAAUACUGCCCCUGUGGUGUCAGGCACUACCUCACCUCUGUGGACACAGGGCACCUGCCCGUAGCCUACACACAGACAUACAUCAUUCAAGUUGGCGCACAUGUAGAGGAACACGGAGAUGUUAUAUAAAGGUGCACAUUUGUUGUGGUUUGAAAAUAUAGAUCAUGGUCGACACACAUACACCCUCAGUGCUAUCACUUGGUUGAAAUGAAAUACCACUGAAGACAGGAGGGCCGGCCAUUCCCAUGGAAGUUUCGCAAUUCCAGGGAAUGGUACCCAUUUGGAUUCGGGUUCUCUUUUUUUGUUUUAUGGGACCAACUGUCUUUAUUUGACUCUUUUGAAAGAAAAAAGAAUGGAUCGAAAAGUUUCUGUCACUACAGCAACCCACUUAAAGAAGGACUUUGUGGACCCCUGCUGAUACAAGGAAGAACAACGAGUGACUUCAAACCUGUGGUGGCUUCUCCAAAUGAAUAGGCAUGCAAAGAAAGGGCUGCAUUGGUCUACAUCGUGGCAAUGGUCACCACUGCUAUCAGUGUCUCUAUAGCGCAUGGAUACCACGUCAGAACAGAAGCAGUUUUGAAGUUCUGACACAAAGCCUCAACUGUCCUCAAGUCUUAUUUCCACAAUUGUCAUCACAAUCACAGAAGUGUGGUCCAGUGAAUAUCCAAGACAGAUAUCGUGGUGUACCAGGCAAACAACCAUCCAAGAAUCCCUAUCUCAUUAUAAAUGCCCACUCUGUUCAUUCCAGUUCUGGGGCCAAGCCAAAUCAAGUUGGGUUCACCACAGACGAAGCAGAAUGGACGUAAAAGGAGAUUUCCCCAAACCAAUUUUAUACUCAUUGCCAAGCACUAGCACUGGACUACUACAUGGUGCCCCAAGAUAAGCAGUCGAGCGUGCUGCAGGGUUUCCGGGUGAUUGUUACUGAUGCUGCAGACGGAGUUCAGGAUGUGGGAACUGGAACGCCAACAAUGGGCAUGAUGGCUAAGUCGGCUAUUUACUCCAUUUCAAUCAAUCCGCCUCUGAUCCUGCCCCACCCCACUCUUACCCGAGGUCCUUUCUGGAGCCGAGCUCAGACUGACUUUCACCCCAACAACAUCAACACCCACUAGCCAGGCUGGUGGGGGGAUUUUGCACUAUUGCAGUGGCCCUCAUCUAAUCCCCUUAAUACUAAAUGUACAACCAACCAUUGUUGGGUUUUUUUUUUGUCCCCAAAAUGGGUACCCGAAAAUUCUCUGUGUAACAGAGGCUGGCAUUUGCAAUGGGCUCAGUCCCAAACCUGUCACAUUGUCAGUAUUAGGCCAACCACAUUAACAGUGCACCUAAACAAGGAUGGAAGGGGGACCCCAGGUCAGCAGGUCUCCUUGAGUGGUAAUAGUUUCGUUUUUUAAGUGGAGCCAGCCCAGUUACAUUUUUCAUCUGGAGCCCGCGAUGAAGCGUAAUUAUCUUCCAAAGGCGCCAUACCUGUCCUAUCCAUGCGGCACCCUUGGCCUAAAAUCAAGUGAAACCAAAUGAGAUCCAGGCCUCACCCUUGUGUGACAAGGUUGGCCAUAACUGCCCCUAUUCAGUGGCGCCACCGAAUGAAUGUGUUUGGCGAAGCAGCGGUAAGAGCGAUUUCAGAAUGUCAGCAAGAGAGGUACACCGCACAGGACUGGAGGCAAGAGGCGACGGGUGUCCACCCUUACCACCGUCCCCAGCGGGGCUGUCCAAAGGCCCUUUGGGUGGUUGUAUAGACCAUUGCUCACAAACACUUGUGGAAAGGGGAGACGUCAGAAGAAGUCGAGUCUCCUCUUUGUGUUCUUGCAACGUCCCACUUAAGCUAACUGACAUCCCCAAAAAGCUCCAGGCCCAAGGAAAGGUCUUUCCUGAAGGACCAUCCAAUAUAUCUUGUAGAUAAUGGAUCCCGUAUUCCAGAGAUGUGGGCUUGGAUUCCAGCGCAUCUUUGUAAAGGAACUGAAAGCCUAUUCAUUAGUUCUCGCAAGCUGGCCUGAUGUGUUUGUGUGACAGGAAGGGUAACAAUGCUGCUUUACCUCAUCGAGAUAAAGGAAAAAAUGAUUUAUGAAAUGAUUAUAAAUCCAUUUGAAAAUGAAAAGAGAUGACUUUAGGAAAAAAAAAAGACUCCAGAACAGGAGAAUUUGUUUUUCUUUCAUUUUUACUUUUUCUGUUCUUGUUUUGAUGCUUCAACUGCUCUGUGUAAAAGAAAAAAAACAGCUGUAGUCACUUUUUGACCAUGCGUGCAGUGUAACAUAGAUAAUAAUUCACUUCUUUUUGUUUCACAUCUAUAAGUUUUGUGUUGAUAAGCCAACUGAUUUGUCUGUCUGUCUGUCUGUGUCCAGUUGUCCGUCCCCUUUUAUCAGGAGGAAUUUACAACCAACAAAACAGGAAUUUGUUUUUUUUAUAUAUUUUUGUUUCUCUUUAUAUGAAAUACAAACUUUGGAGAAAAGAAAAAAAAUGAACCAGAAAAAAAAAAGAAAUAAUGCAACAUAAAGCAAAGAAAAAAAAAGAAAGAAACACAAACUUGUCAUACCUCACACAACACAAAACUCAAAGGACCUUGGGUGGAAUCAUACUUUGCAGGCACAUGUGAAAGUUCAUAUAUAGAUUUUAAAAAAUGUAUAUGUCAAAGAUAAUUUGUGCUUGUGCGUAAGCUUCAGUAAUAGUUGCAUUGGGACUGAUCGGUCAAGCUUUGGUGCCCUCUCUUUUCAUGAUUUGGAUCUAGAAAGACGGGAGAAAACAACGUUAUGCAACGUUACGGAAGAUCAGUUGGCACUUCUCCGAUGAAAGGCAUAGUCUACAGACGGUAAACCUCAAAUGUGAACGGCCCAAGCUGCUUGAGCGAUCAAGACUUAUGUAAUGGUUGAGUGUUUUCUGGUAUUGAAUGUAGCUGACAGGAAGGGGCUGGACGUGAGACCAGCACCCACAACCUAACUUCCACACACCAGCAGAAACUAUAGUGGUGUCACGCAGACCAACAACCAACAAAACUGAGAAUAGAUAUAUAAAUAUAUAUUGCCCAUCUGCAAGGUGCAAUAUUAUGUAUUUUGUAUGUUUUCUGUUUUGAUUUUCAUUUCUGUGGUGUUUUGUUUUGGCCAUAACCAAGGAUGUAUAUAGAAAAGAAUCUACAACUCAGAUUUGUAGACAAACAAACGUCACCCUCUCCCACCCAUGUAAAGCAGUUUAAUAUUUCAUUCAUUUGUAAGUGUGCGCUCUCACAUGUGCAUGAUGAUUCAUGUUCAAAAGUGCCCCAUGACAUAAUCAUAAAUCCUGUGCCUCCUCUUGUUUGCAAAGAGAUAGAUUCUUACCCCUCGUAUUUCCACCACAUCAGGACACAUGAAUGCUAAUGUUCGUCUGUCUUUGUUCACCCAUAAAACCAGAUUCUGGACUUCUUCCAUGUGGGCGUGGGAAGCAGUCAGUAAGUGGAAAAGUUCUGGAGGGUUAUAUGAAUCGAGCGUUAGCAGGGAUCCAUGAAUGUCAUUUUAUCUGGCUGCUCCACGCCCACAUUAAAGUCUGAAAAGGUCCAAAAUGAAUUUUCCCAUUUGUCCACACCUGUGUUGCUCUCAAAAAGCCAGCCCAAAAAUCUGACAGGCGCUCUCUCUGCUACCAGGAAUCGUGUGUUGACGUUUUGAUCGACGUGUCUUUAACUAUUCCUUCUGACCAAAUCAACCUUUGAGUCGAUUUCGGACAUGCGUCACCAUUCCAGUGGAUAUUGGUAAAAUCUUUCUCCACAUAUGCCACAGUGGCUGGAGUGUGAUGUUCACCAACUGGAAGACUGGCUCAACAGUCCACCCAGCUGCCAGAUAUGUAACCUAUAGAAACCAGAUGGUUGCACUUUGCAUUCUCUGCAACAUUAUUUUAAGUGAUCAGAGUUACAAAUUUUAGUUGAACUCUUCAGAAUUUGCAUAAUUGCAGCUGCAAUAUUGUCACGCUGGUCAAUGGAAAUGCCCUUUAUUUGACCUCCAAACAGUGAUACUUUCAGUGGUACAGAGGAAGAGAGGGAGUUCUGUAUAACAUUGGAAGACCUAUGAAACACUAACAAACUUCGACCCAUGCAGUCAGAUGUCAUAAGAUUUCUGGGGCUGGCUUGAGAGACUUCCAACAUGACCCUCCAUUGAUAUUUUGACCCUGGUUUGUUCUUACAUGUUGACACUUUGGAUUAGGGUGGAAAUUGUCUGUGAUGUUUUUUUUUUCUUUUUUUGUCUGUUUUUUUUUUCCUUUGCUUUGUUUCAUUGUCGUGUUUGGUCCCCACCUUAUGCCAAAUGUUGUUUGUGAAGACAUGCAAGUAGCAAGAUGUCUAUGCAAUUUCCUUCAAAGUCCCUCCAAACUAGCAGCUCAGCGCAACAACUGUGAGCAAAUGAAAUCCAAUUUGGCCUGGAUUUUUAUUCCAGGGUUUCAAUUUGGGACCUAAAGACCCUUGCUACUUACUGUGGGCAAGGAUAUGAACUGUGCAGGCAAGAUGACCCUCAACCUCGGGCGCAUCUUGUCAGCAGUCUGGGACCCAAAGAACAAGGAGGGUUGCAGGGGACGUUGUGGAGAAUAAUGAAACUACGAGAUGUGCUGUUUUUUUAUAAAUUGCUCAGAAAGUGGUGUGCAUGUGUUUGUUUGUGUUUGUUGGAUGCCUGGGUAUGUUGUGCCUGAUCCAGUGCUCUCACUGCUUAGUGGGCCGAUUUGGAGCACGGCUCACCUCCCCCCCCCCAAAACCCAACCUCUUUUUAAAUCAGAAGCCUUUUUCCACGCAAAGCUUUAAUAUUUCUAUUGAACGACCAAGCUAAUGUACUGUUCAGCACUGUCAGUCAGUGGGGUGCGUGUACUCGUUUACGAUACCCUUCGCUGUUUGGGCCGACCUCAGUCGGGUUCAUGCACACCAUUACUUUACUCCGUAAUACGUCUCACCUCGGUACAUUGCCUCACUGAGAUGGCGACUUGCUGACUGUCAGUUUAACGAAAAGCACUUAACUUAAAGCACUUUUGAAGACCCAAUCUUUGAUAGUAAUAAGACAACAAAUUGUAUGCAAGCCAAAUUCUUUAGCACCUUUUAUGACACCCUUGGAAAAAAAAAACAGAUGUAGCGCUUAGGCUUAAAAAAAAAAGGCCAAUGUAAAGUUUACAUUUGUGCAAUAACAUACAAGCCGACAAACAUUUUUGACGUAGACCUUAUCCAAUCUGUCUUUAAAGCACUUAGGGGGAAUAAUCAAGACUGCUUCACAAAUCCGCCCACCAGUGAGAGCAACCACCCAGUCCAUACACAUGCACGCCACUUUUUGUGAAUGGGGUAAAGGAAGCUAUUGAAGGAUUCUCUCAGGUAAAGGAACAUUUUCUAAUAAAUGAUGAUGAACCUUAUACGAAACAAACAUUGUUUGUUCAUCUUAUUUGUCUGCUUUAUUUAUGAUCUGCAUGUUUUUUUGUUACUGUUAAGACAACAGGGUCAGCUGUGUGUUGUCCAUAUCUCAUUGAUCACAGAGUCUAUCUCAAACAGCGACAUUCAUCCACUAAAUGUCCCCAUGCUCUUUAAGGUGUGAAUGCGUGUUUUGUUUAUGGUGAAAGGGUUCUCCACUACAAUCUAUGGAAGUCCAAGCUCUAAAGAGACUCAAAAGAUCAUUUUGAGAAAAUAAAAAGGCAACUGGUCUUGGAGAUGGUUGGGAACUGACCAGGUCUUUUGAGUUACAAGUCAAAUGUCUUCAUAUUAAGUCCCUUUAGGUAGAAGUCAACAGAGGUGAAACAGAGUUUAGUGGUGCAGCCCUAACCUAACCCAAGCAAGAGAUAGGAGAUGGUCCAUCAGGUCUUCCUUCGUUCCUUGUGAGGUGCUGACAGUAACAUGAAGUCCAACUGUGCUUGUGAUGGUUGGACUCUGUGCUCAACUUGGUGGUGCUGGAAAGAGCAGUUGUAUCUUUUGUCUCUUCCACACAAGGCAGACCUCUUCUCUCCUUCUACCAUGGUAUGGAUCAUGGUUUUGGUCAUUAUCUUUGGGUCAAACAAAGUAGGUGAGCUUUUGUAAAUAUUUUAGUAUGUGUUAUGCAACUAUUAGCGGGGCUUCCCUUCUCAUUCAAAGCAGUACUCAAGGCUACUAAAUUGCGAUGCCUAAGUCUCUUUUAAAAAUCAAUUGGAGACUGUGAGUGGUUUAUUCCUUCCCACUUUUGAAAACAGACUUAAAUUUGAUUCAACUUCUAUUAAAAAGAUAUAAUAGAAAUGGACUUCCAUAAACUGUAGGCUCAUGUUCGCUCAUCUCUCAUUUGUUUAACGCAUGCUGUGCAAGUGGCAUUUCCAUGCCAUGAAAAGAAAAACCACCUGCCAAGUCCGUUCAGUGCGUCAGCACCUGGUGUAAAUACAUGCUCCUCGUCUGAGCUGGGCACCACUCUCCUUUGAGGAGACCAGUACGGUCCUCCGUCUGAACACCUGCUUCAUUUCCAAAUGUGUUGGCUUUUUAAAUAUUCUGGAAGGUUGGCAUGGCGACCACCCAUAGCCGUGCAUGUAAAUAGGUGUAUGCAUGUGAGUGAAGUGUCCAUCUGUGAUUGUUCAGUUCCUUCCCUGCCCCCCAACCCAAAAAAAAAAAAGCACCUUUUUAGGCGGCGGUACGUGACAGAAGUCUGUAAAACAGAGGCCUGCCACAGACUGAUCUUGACGAAUGUAACUCAUAUUGUGAGGAUAAAACGUUGUGCAAAACAAAAGUGUGAGAGGAAUUGAAAAGAAAUGCUCCAUAAACAAAAGGCUUAUUGCUGCAGUGAUGGGCCAAGGCUCUGCAGUUGUGUUUCCUCCUUCCAAACGAUUGCAAUAUCGAUUGCUUUUGUUCCCGUCCUCUGUGCUGCUCUUAUGUAGAGCUUUCAAAGGACUCUUUCAAAGUGCACAUUGUAGAUAUGAUCUCUAGAAAGGAGUUGUUUGGUCCGCUGGGUGUUUAUAGGAAACUCCUUUGGGGGAUUAUGAAUUAAUUAAUAUUAACCGCUAGUGUGACAGAAACAUCUGCACUGUGGAUUUGACCCAAGGAGUGCAAUCAAAGUGCCAAAUUUGCCUCAGCAUGGCUUUGUUGAGGGCUGUUGAAGACUGUUGAAAUUUUAUAUGUGACUGUUAAAAUUGCUAAUGCGCUUUAAAAAAAACAAACAACAAAAAAGGCUUUAAACCUUGGCCCAUUUUGCCCCUUCUCUUUUACUCCAAACAGUUUAAUAAAUCGAUCGGCAACAACCGUAGUACGUUGGAGCUGCUAACAUUUCCUACAUUUGUCAUAGUCUGGAAAACCACAAAACCAAAAUCAAGGGCUUCCUUUUAUAUUAUUCCUCGGUAGGGAAUUUUUUUCAAUGUAACCUCGGUUAUUCUCAAUUUUCAGAGCAUUAUUUGUGAUUACAGCAAAAAAAGAGAGAAAAAAAUGUCAUGUUGGGGAUUGUGCUGUACAAUUUUCAAUUUGAAAUAUAAUGAAAUUACUGUCAUCAUCUGGAAAUGGUAUGGACAAAAGGCCAGUUGGAGAAAUACUCAAUUAUAUAUAUAUAUAUCUUCAUAAACGCUUGACAAGUGACUCUAUUGUAUAAAUGCCCAAUUACACGUUGCAAAGACUAUCUAAAAGUGGACUUUUGUGGCUCUGGAUCUUUUUGUAAGUGGGUGCGACAGGACUUGCCUAGACAGCAAAAGAAUGUACCAAUAAUAACCAUGGAUUAGAGGUUUGGAUCAGAGUUGAUUCGGUUGAUUGACAUUGUCCUUGUUGGAGAAUCGUGCCGACGAUGGAACGACACGAAGCAGUGUGCGUCAGAUUGACAACAUGGUUUUGGAUCAGUUUAGUACCGCUCAGGUUUCUAAAACCGGCCUCAAGGGGUGCUUUUUCAGUCCCAUCCCCUCCCUGCUCGCUCCCAUUCCGAAGAUCUCCCUUCGCUUCUGUUCUGACAAAUGAAAUCACAUAUCGCAUUUGGUUUCGCAGACCGCACAUUGGCCCGCUGUUUUAUGCAAAAUAGCUUUGAGACCUCAGUAAAAGGAAUCCGAUCAUACACCAUUUCCAUUCAGUAGCAGGUCCGAGAAACUUUUUUUACUGCACCAGCAAAUAAGAGAUGACCUUCUCUUUCAGGCCUCAUGACCACUUUGUUUUACUACACAUUGUUUACAACGGAUGUAGAGAAAGCAAAGACCAGCAUAGACGGUCUCUUCGCUAAAAAAAAAAAUAUCCAACUAGUCUUGUCCACAACAUUUGGUGCUGAUCAAUGUGUUCACGUCUCACUCUGUCUGUAUUGUAACGAUGUCAACGAGAUGUAUUGUGUCUAAACUCGCAAGAAAACAGUCGAAAAUGUGCACACCAAUGACAGGUGAUAAAGUAAGUGAACGAUUCAUGCCGUGGUUGAUAUAACUCGUAAUGUGCAGGGGUUCACUUCAGCACGAGAUACAGUAACUAACAACUCCAUUUCAAAGUCUGAGCACAUGCUGUGUUUGGAUAUCUGGAUGAGAGACGCAUCAUGAAAGCAAAUGUGUUGACGCAAUGUUCUCCGGGGUUUUAUUGCUUCUCUUCUUCUGCUUAUUUGUUUUCAAUGAAUCUUCUCAAGGACCCAUCGCAGCCUACUCAGUGUACAAAUAGUCAAAUGACUUCAGAUCUGCCCAAAAUAUACAGCAUGACUUUCAAGCCUUUGGUUGGAAGAGAGAAGUUUUUAAGAAGGUGACAAUGCAGCAUUGGACUUUUUUUUAAGGAACCCAUUGCCAUAUGAUAGUGUUUGUGGCACUGAAUGGCCUCUCACUGGUCGUGGGUUGAACGACUUUUUUUAAAAUUGCCCCCAAAAUAUUCUGUCAAUUGAGAGAACUUCUUAAAACCGACUUCCAACAAACGACAUGUUGCUUUUGUAAAAAAAAUUUUUCCCUCAGAUUCAACCCCAACACAUAAAUUGUGUUCCACUAAUUCAUGUGUUGUGGGUUUGUGCCUCUCUAAGCUUGUAGUUGAGAACUACAACUGGCGAACUGUUUUCUUCCAAAUCAUCUUGCUGAUUCUCACAUCCACAACGUAGGGAACAAUGAGAGCUGCAGAGUGCCACUUAGAAAGCUGCUUCUUACCCAGAAACCCUCAUAUUUCUGCCCUUCUUUCCAGGGGUUUGAAGGUCAUGUAUCAAAGGAGUACCUAACAACCUAGUUUCCUUUAAUCCCUCCCUCAUAAUUCUCUUGCUUCACUGUGACUGUGGGGGCUGCUGGGAAAACUAUGAUGAUGUGUUCUGCAGACGCUCAGGGGUUAUGUCCUGUCCACACCAGGUCAGGGAUUGUAGGAAGGUGCCAAAGAUAGGGUGUGAGCUGUUUUGUUAUUGUCAGUUGUGUAAAAAGCGCAUUAGCCUGUUGUCACAGCAAACUGAGUGAAGACCUGUUCAGCAACUGGAAACCUUUGUCUUCAUAAACACUAGCUCACUGGAUGACAUGCAAAGAUGUAGGUAAUCUGAAACGUUCUAUCUAAACAAUUAGGUCAUUAAUGAAUUUAUUAUUAUUAAAAAUUAGUUUUUAUAUAAGGCAUGCGUUGAAGUCGGUUGUUAUUGUCCACCUUAACAGUAGAAAGGUUCUGGUAGCCCAAGUAAGCUGUGCAGCGUUGAAGCUUCAGCAAAACUCAAAAUGCCUGGCUUGCAUGCUAAACCUGCAAUUAAAUAUGUAGUCUUGACUAGCGAACAAAAAGCAUAUAACCAGUGAGCCCGUGACUAGUCUGAAAAUCCAAAACCAAAUUCAUCCGAAGUGGAGCUAAGUGAGUGACUGAGAUAUCCAGUGGUGUGUGUUUUAUCGUCCUGCAUCAGGGCUCGCAUGAUAUAGCGGGAUUUGAGAGAGAGAAGCAGAGUUGCUAAACAGUAGGCUAAGGAAUAAACGCAGGGAAACACAUGGUUUUUGGCCAUAACAAGAGCAGACAUCUCUCCUGUCUCUCGCCGGAGGUGCCAGAUCAUCAUAUUCUUUCAGGUUAAUGUAUAGAAUAGUAGAGUAUUUAGAGGUGUUUUUACUUUUUGACUUUGCGACUUGGACUGCGACAUACGGGACGCUAACUAAUAAACAGUUCUUUCCUGGUGCGUGAAAUAAACAGCAGGAAGUGUCGUUGACUAUAUAAAGUAUAUUUUAUCUGUCUCUGUUGUUUUUGUCGUUAUUGUAGAUUGUGUCAAAGCAAAACAGUAUUCAGGAUUCAUUCCCUCAGAGCACAGGGGCUAUCGAACAUGCAACGAUACACAGUCAAGCUUUAGGCAACACUCUGGGCUACACUGUCUCGUCUUUUGGAAUAAACCUAAACUCAUACGCAGGAAACCUCCGAAUAUCUACUGUGAUUUCCUACACCACCCACACCGACAUCGCCCUCUUUCACCUGGACCUGUCUCCCCUGUGCGAGUUCUCCACCUCCCCAUACUUUGCUCAGAGCACCCACCCUUCCCCGCUUCUCCUCCCCAGUCGUGGGUGGUGUGAUGUCAGGUUCAUGUGGUGGGCUGCUUAAGACAGGUCCAGACAAUCAGUGUGUUUGUAAACGUCGCUGUGUGGUUUUCAGAAUCUUUGUUUUUCUGGUCAGGGUUUUAAAGGAAGAUAUUUUUAUGGUAAUUGUCGCUGGUCUAUUUUACUAUAUAUUUAUGUAAUAAAUAUGUGACUGAAUUGACAUCUCACUGACUCUUUGGUCUGUUAUUGGUUCCAACGUGGUGUUGGAAGCUUUUCAAUAA